AUGAUUGUGUCACUGAUAACAAUGAUACAUCAGUUAUGUGACCUGUUCUCAUCUAAUACGGUCAAGGAGCCUGACCCUACAAGACGAAAAGGCCGAGAUAGAUCAAGACUUAAUUACGACAUCAAUAAUACAAAUGGAAGGCUGCAUUUCUUUCACAGAGCAUAUUUUAGAGACCAGAGAGCUUCUGUUGAACACACAUUUUCUACUGACCAGAUACUUCCUGCCUGCCAAAUGCCAGAAGUAGACCCUUAUGUGCCUAGUGUCCUGAAGAUUUCUGGACAACAUCUACGGACCCUCAUGUGUGAAGGCAGUUACCUGCCAGAUCUCACGUACAUUUCAGGGGGCAUGCAGAUUAAUGUCAACAAAAGCAAGGUAGAGGAAUACAUGAAGUAUAGUGAUUUUGAAAAGUGCAGAUACUUAAAUAUUCUACGUAACGAAACAGAUUAUAACAGUGUUAUUUACAGCGACUGGUCUGAAGGUUUUAAAGACAUGAUAGCCCUACCGCAAGGUGUAGAAUUUCUAUUAGUAAGGUGUAAGAACACCAAAUCUGAAAUUGUUUCAAAUACGUAUUUUUCUCUGAUUCCAAGAAAAGACCCUAGUCUUGGGAGCUCUAGGAAUUUCAAGAAGCGUCGCGUUAAAUCCUCUUCGAUAGAAACAUUAAAUGUAAUUAUGAUAGGCAUGGACACAUUGCCUAGACAUCAACUUUUAAGAGGCUGUAAAAAGACAUAUUCAUACUUAGCAAAUUCACUGAAAUCAUUUGAUCUAACUAUGCACUCACAACUGGGAGAAAACACAUUUCCCAAUUUCUUGCCAUUGUUUACAGGCCAAUCCCAGGACGAAGUCAGAAAGUCAUGGUCUAAUAACAGCCAUACAGACAGAUUGGACCUGAUCUGGCAAAUAUUUCAGCAGUCUGGUUAUGAGACACUAUUCACUGAAGACAUGCCUGAUUUCUCCGUGUUCCAUUAUUUUAAGAAAGGGUUCAUGAGUUUUUCUACAAGAUAUAACUCACGCCCGUUAACUUUAGCAAUGUAUAAAGAUUUGGAUAUAUGGAAGCACAAUGAUAACUGCGCCGGGAACCAGGUUGAGUUAAAUGUCCAUCUGGAUUAUGUUCUCCGCUUUCUGGACACUUUCCCAGACAAACCUGUCAUUGCAGUAGCUAUGCUGACUAAACCCACUCAUGACUUUCCCAUGAAUGCCAAAAUGUUUGACGAACAUCUCUUUAAUUUCUAUCAGUCGUUGAAUCAGAAGGGUCACCUCAACAGAUCUUUAAUUGUGUCAUUCUCUGAUCAUGGUGUCAGAUGGGGUGACCUGAGAGAGUCCGUGAACGGAAUUUUUGAAAGCCGAAGUCCCUACACCAUUCUGACAUUCCCAGACUGGUUUCUGAAGAAGUACCCGGAUGUGGCAGCAAAUUUACGGGCGAACACCAAACGUCUAACAACUCACUUUGACACACACGCAACUCUGUUAGAUCUGCUCUACUUCAAGAGCAACUUAAAGCCACUACCUCUUCUCAGACACGGGGUCAGUCUCUUUGAGGAGAUCCCUGCCAAUAGAACAUGUAGGGAUGCCUUCAUACCAAAAGAGUUCUGCCUGUGUGGGUAUAAGCUUCUUGCUGCCAUAAAGAUUAAGUCCAAUUUAUCAAAACGUUUGGCCAGAAUUGUUAUAGAAGCAAUAAAUUCACAGACAAACAAAACUCAAUGCGCUGCUUUAAAACUGUAUCAAGUAAUUCGAAUCCUUGAGAUUGCCUUGAAUGAAAAGAGCAUCAAAGGCGAACGAGACACAACUGUAUACAAGGUUAAACUGGAGACCGUUCCAGGUCAUGCAUUGUUUGAAGCUAAUGUUUACGCUACCGGAAAUUCGUUUCAGUUGAAAGUGGGUAACAGCAUUGGCAGACUAAACCCGUAUAAAGGUCAGUCUGACUGUGUUGGAACAGCCGAUGACAGACUGUUUUGUUACUGUAACAAUUUAUUAUGA